UCAAUAGCCGUAUUGAAGACCAAGUACCCUUUGCUGUUCAACUCAGAUGAGCUUUUUGCAGAAUUUGUGAGACUCACUGGCCGUAAUGCAAAAGAUGAGAUAAACUGUAGGACAGAUACAUAUCUUUUGCCCCUAUCACGACUGCCUAGGCCGAGAGGGAAAUUUGAGAAGCAGCAACCACAAAGUAUUACUGAAAUGAAGGAAAAAAUGCUGGAGGUUGACAAUGACGAUGAUCGAAAAUAUGCUGCUCACUGUUUGGGGAUUUUGAGUCUUCCAUUUCAACUAAACGAAGAUAUCAAGCUUCUAAUUCACGAAGAACCGGGAACAGCUUCUAGGAAGACAUUCCAUGUGAUUGUGUUCACUGGUCCGCUCAUUGACUGUAAGCAAUUUUCUGUAUCGGCAGAAGAAGAGAUGCUAGGGGAGGUAUCUUCUUUUAUUGAAGCUGUUGCCCUACUGAUAACCUGUUAUUUUGUGUUUAACAUUGCCUAUCCUCCAAAAAUUGGAGUGACUAUGACCUUCAUCCAAAAGGUAUUGGUGGGUCACGACGAUCAAUUAAAGUCGACCCCGAAGUUGUUGUCCCUUUUGGGACGAAUAACCAAACAUUAAAAAAAAUCCAUCUGCUGUAAAAUAAUAUUUAAUUGAAGAGUUAUACUUUAAUAAAUUAAUUAUUAACCACCGGCAUACUUCCCUGCAUCUCGGUGAUAAUUUAUGGAGUGUGCUUUACAAAUUUCGCUGUAAAUCUAGGCAGCAGUGAUAGUGGCUCCAGUCUACUUAUCUAAAAUUGUGCUUUUGAUACCGGUCCAAAUAACUAGCAAAUUUUGUUUUAAUGUAAAUUUAAUAAUGACAUAAUUAGUAGUCUGCUUGUCAAAUUUACUUGGGUCUAGGCAGCUGUAAUUAGCAAUAGAUAUGUAGGUGACCCACUGUUGUAUCGAAUACUUGCAAAAAAAUUUUAUUUGGGUGAGAAUCCAAGUAACUAGCCUGUUGCCAAAACCACUAAACUACGGAGCUUGUGUUUGUGUUAUACUUACAAAUGCUAUUUCUAUGUGAUUUUGAAUUGGGAAAAUAUCAUAGCAGUUAUAUUUUGCACUACCAUUCAUUUGAUCCAUAUUGCUGAAUAAGUUUGUUAUGCUGUGUUGCGUGGAACUAAUAUUACUGGAGUUUGUACUUAAACAUUUGUGUUUGGACUAUUCUACAUAGAGGUUUUAUAGAAUACCAUCAAUAAUGCAUACUGCAAUGUAUGUAUGUAUUACCACUUUUCCAAAUGGUUAUAGCGCACUCAGCUAUUUGAUGUUAAUAAAAGUAAUAAACUGUUGAAAUACUCUAA